CGGAGUAAUUUUCUUUUAAUUUUUUUGCCUGUAACUCAAUGGAAAAUACACCAACACAAAGCAACAGAGAAAAAGAGGAGAGAGAAAAAACACCACCUCCAUUUUCAAAUUCUUUGUCCCUUUGUUGUUUGUACGAACUCAACGAUUAGAUCUUCAAAACCCUAGAUUUCGAUCUUUCUAAAUUCUAAUCCUACAUUGUUUAGAUCUUACAUUACUCCCAAAAUUUUGGUCGAACAAAAACAAAAUCCAAGUCUAGCCGGCUACCAGCACAACCUAAUUCAAUUAAGUUAUUAUUUACCGGGUUUCAAAAUUUUGAAAUCGCGAAUUUCUUCGUUCUUCGAUUUCUGUUUUGAUCGUCAAUGGUACGAUAAUUUCCGAUUUGUUGAACAUUUGUUCAUCAUUUGAUUCGACAAAUAACGGAGCAGGAGAGAGAAAGAGAAGGCGGGAGUUGACAUUUUGAAGAAUUCGACAAUGUCGUCGUUAUCGGCGAUUAGCGAGGAGCUAGGAGAAAUUGAUGGACAAAUCAUCGAUAUAUUUCGAGCAUUAUCAAAUGGGUUUCAGAAAUUGGAGAAGAUCAAGGAUUCCAGUAGACAGAGCAGGCAACUGGAAGAGCUCACGGAUAAGAUGCGGGAGUGUAAGAGGCUUAUUAAAGAGUUUGAUCGAGAGGUGAAGGAUUUGGAAAGCAGGAAUGAUCCAAACACAAGCAAGACAAUGCAUGAGAGAAAACAGUCUAUGAUCAAAGAGCUGAAUUCAUAUGUUGCAUUGAAAAAACAAUAUGCAACCAAUCUUGAAAACAAACGAGUUGAAUUAUUUGACGGUCCUAGCGAAGGGGUAGGAGAAGAAAAUGUUUUGUUAGCAUCCGCUAUGACGAAUGAGCAACUGAUGGACCGUGGAAACACGAUGAUGGAUGAAACUGAUCAAGCCAUCGACAGAGGAAAAAAGAUUGUUCACGAGACAAUUAAUGUUGGAGGAGAAACUGCAGCUGCUCUUAAAGCCCAGACUGAACAAAUGAGUAGGAUCGUUAAUGAGUUGGACUCCAUAAAUUUCUCGAUAAAAAAAGCUUCCAAGCUAGUCAAGGAAAUCGGUCGACAGGUUGCUACUGAUAAAUGUAUUAUGGCCUUUCUUUUCCUUAUAGUGCUUGGAGUCAUAGCCAUCAUCAUUGUCAAGAUUGUAAACCCGAACAACAAAGACAUCCGAGAUAUCCCCGGUUUAGCACCACCAGCACAAUCACGGAGAUUACUUUCAUAUCGGUACUAAACUUCCUUGCAAUGAAGAUUCUUCUUCCUUCGGAUUCUUAUUCUGGUUUUGCUAUCCUGUGAGCCGUGUGAAAAGACUUUGACACCCCUCGAGACCCCGAGUCAUUUAGCCAAGAAUGUGUUCAAAUUGGUGGCAAAUCUGGCCUUGCUUUUGUAACAUAUAUUUGAUUUUGGGAGCCCUUUGUUUACAACUUGCAAAGAAUAUAUUCCAGCAUACAUCAACAGCAAAAGCUCCCUUUGGUAGGGUUGUUCAAGAGAGAUGAUGUCGAAGUUGAAUUUAUUAAUUGGUAUAAAUAUUAUGUUCCAGUAAUUAUGAACACAAAUAGUGUCUAUUUCAAGUGACAAAAAAGCCGGUAUAUUCACACAUGACUUGCAAGUCGCAACCUUUGUAUAAUUAUCAUAUUCAUACAUGACUGAGACUCAAUUCUUUCUUUCUCACAACUUUUUUGAUAUUCUUUUUAUCAGUAAUGUUGUACUUUUGACGGAUCUUAUGUAAGUACCUAUGAGAGACUGCAACUAAUUUCUUUUGCUA